UGAGAAUAAACAACAAGCAGAAACGUCAACAGUGUGAAGCUGAAGAAAUGUCUGCUUCAGGAGUUAUAUCCAGCCCAGCACAAAUCCACCCUGCUACAGAGUUGAGGAUUGUGUUGAUAGGAGGAAGGAGAUCAGAUGGUAGUCCCAGUGGUAAAAGUUCAACUGGAAACUUCAUUCUGGAUCAACAUGUUUUUGAUACAAGCAGAAGAACAGCUCAGAGUGAAGCGAGGCAGCAGGAAGUGUUCAGCAGACAAGUCACAGUGGUUGAUACUCCAGGAUGGAGGUGGGGUGAUUCAAGAGAAGAGACUCCAAAAUUGGAUCAGAUAGAAAUCCAGAACAGUGUCCAUCUGUGUCCCCCAGGACCUCAUGUCUUUCUCCUGGUCAUUCCUAUCAGUUUACAUGUCUCUCAGCGUGUCAAAGCAUCUCUAAAGCAGCACUUCGAGCUUUUUAAUGCAGAUGUAUUCAGUCACACCAUUGUGUUGUUCACUGCAGUCGCUCCAUGUAGUGAUAAAAAGAUAGAAUCUAGAAUCAGAAGAAAUCCAGUCCUGCAGUGGAUUCUUCAACAAUGUGGAAACAGAAAACAUUUUCUCAACAUCAGUAACGGAGAAGAUAGAGAUCAAGUCAAGAAGCUUUUAGAGAAAAUUGAGACCCUGAUUACAAUCAAUGGAUUCAGACACUGUUCUGUUGACAGAAGUCAAGGAGAAACUCUGAGAAAAGAAAUGAGAGAUUUGACUGAAAGAGCCUCAAAAAGGUUUGAUCAAGUCCAGAAACAAAGAACCAAACUCAAUAAACUGAUUUCAGGUGGAAAAGUCCCUCCAGACCAUUUAAGAAUAGUGAUGAUUGGAUCAUCAUGUGCUGGGAAAAGCUCAACAGGAAACACCAUCCUAAGGAAAAAUGCCUUUGGUGUUACUAAAAGUAGUAGGAGAACAACUCACAGUGAAAUCAGUCAUGGUUUGGUUGAAGGAAGGCGGCUCACAGUGGUCGAUUCUCCUGGUUGGUUUUACAUCAACACCCUUCAGGAAACCAGUGAGAUGGAUAAACUGGAAAUAGAGAACAGUGUGAAUCUGUGUCCUCCAGGACCACAUGCUGUGCUGCUGGUUAUUGAUCUGAUAACUAUCAUGAAUUCAUUAUAUCUGACAUCUGUUCAGGAACAUAUGAGUCUUUUUAGGGAAGAAAUCUGGAGACACACACUUGUUCUGUUUACAUUUGGAGACUGGUUAGGAGUGAAGACUGUAGAGGAGCGUAUAGAGAGUGAUGAAGGUCUGCAGUGGAUAGUGAACAAGUGUGAGAACAGGUAUCAUGUCCUGAACAACAAGGAC